AUGUUUCGAAGAACACAUUGGACAAGUGAACCUAAUAAUAUGAAUUGGGAAACAUACCAUCGUUUACAAAAUCAAAUACAACAAUUAGAAAUGGAGAUAUUAAAUUGGGAAAUAGAAAUAACAAUUCGACCGUCAACACCUGCUCAU